GGAAGGGGCUGUUUCCAGUUGCCAUGGAGACAAGGUAAGAGCGUUCCCUCGAUACCGCCGUAAAUUUAUGAGGCGGUGUCCUCUCCCUGUUGCUAUGGCGACUUAGAGGGACUGUUCUCGUCGUCCCCACCUCCCAUCGCAGUUGCUAACACAAGGUGGAAGUAGGGGCUGUCCUUCCCUCUCCAACCAGUUGCCUUGGAGACGGCUGGUGCCCUGGCCCCGCCCCGCUCGGACUGACAGCGGUGGCCGCAUCGCGCCUGCGCAGUGCUCUCUUCCCCCGCAGUCUCUGUGCGUUGAAGCCGGAGACCGCGGCGGCCUCUGUUAGGACCCUCCGCCCCAGAGCCGCCGGCCGGAGCCGCAGCCUCAGCCGCAGCGCCCCCGCCGCCUGUCCCCUCCCCCGCCGCCUCCGCCGGAGCCAUCUCGCGCACUCUGGGGUAUGGCCGUCAAUGUGUACUCCACGUCUGUGACCAGUGAGAAUCUGAGUCGCCAUGAUAUGCUCGCAUGGGUCAAUGACUCCCUGCACCUCAACUAUACCAAGAUAGAGCAGCUCUGCUCAGGGGCCGCUUACUGCCAGUUCAUGGACAUGCUCUUCCCUGGCUGUGUGCACUUGAGGAAGGUGAAGUUCCAGGCCAAGCUAGAGCAUGAAUAUAUUCACAACUUCAAGGUGCUGCAAGCAGCAUUCAAGAAGAUGGGUGUUGAUAAAAUCAUUCCUGUAGAGAAAUUAGUGAAAGGAAAAUUCCAAGAUAAUUUUGAGUUUAUUCAGUGGUUUAAGAAAUUCUUUGACGCAAACUAUGAUGGAAAGGAUUACAACCCUCUGCUGGCGCGGCAGGGCCAGGACGUAGCACCACCUCCUAAUCCAGGUGAUCAGAUCUUCAACAAAUCCAAGAAACUCAUUGGCACAGCAGUUCCACAGAGGACGUCCCCCACAGGCCCCAAAAACAUGCAGACCUCCGGCCGGCUGAGCAACGUGGCUCCACCCUGCAUCCUCCGGAAGAAUCCUCCAUCAGCCCGAAAUGGUGGCCACGAGACCGAUGCCCAGAUUCUUGAACUCAACCAGCAGCUAUUGGAUUUGAAGCUGACAGUGGAUGGGCUGGAGAAGGAGCGCGACUUCUACUUCAGCAAACUCCGGGACAUUGAGCUCAUCUGCCAGGAACACGAAAGCGAGAACAGCCCCGUCAUCUCGGGCAUCAUCGGCAUUCUCUACGCCACCGAGGAAGGAUUUGCACCCCCGGAGGAUGAUGAGAUCGAGGAACACCAACAGGAAGACCAGGACGAGUACUGAGGGCGGCUCCAGCCCUGGCUGACUGCACGGCUGCCGUGCCCCUCACCCCGCUCCCAUGCCCACAUUAUAAUCCUUCCCUGACAGCCAGCUGGCCGGGUGCUUUGUGUCAGUGCCGUGGCCCUGGGGAGCCUGGCGAGCAGGGCUUGGGGGUGGGGGGCAGGUGAGCAGGUAAGGGCCCCUCCUCCUGUGGCAGAGGCCCAGUUGGGCGGGAUCCCUGCCCACUCCCCACCCCUAUUUAUUUCCGUGGUCUCUGUGCUGUGUCGGCCAACACUUCCCAGGGGGCUGCUGCCACCCACCCCAGCCAGCCGCCUGCUCCCCUGACAGCCAGCAGCUGUAUAUUUGACAAAGUCAUUGGUAUAUUUUUACUUACUGGAUUUUCCUUGCACUUUACCUGUUCUUUUCCCAGGGCUGACAGCACGGGCUCUGGGGCAGCGUGUCUGGCUUGGCCUCCCUUCCCCGUUGCCAGGGCUGUGGCAGGACUCACCGAUUCUUAUUUAUUUUGUCUUUUGACUUCCCAGUAGUUGAGGGAAAGGCUGAUGUCAGGAGAGGGAUAGGGUGACUGAGGAGGGGGUGCCUUAGGCCCCGGUGGUCAGGGAGAGCGAGGGGAGCACGUGAGGGAUGAAAAUGACCUCCUGGCACCAGGCUUGCCCACCCUCGGCCCCCUGACCCCAGCACCGAAGCCCAGCACUGCCCCGAGGCCCCCAGCCACUCCCCCUGCAGCUUGGUUCAUACCACACAUUCUCGCCUGGGCCCUCCUGUACGUCUGCCUCCCCUCUGCCCGCCUCCCCAACCCCUGCCCCUCGGGCCACCCAGCCUGCAUACGUGUUCACUUUUAUUUAAAUAAACUUGUGUGGUAAAAGUCCA